AUGGCGGCCGAGAGCGUGGGCCUGGCAGCCUCGAUUGCCGGCCUGCUAUCUCUGGGCUUGCAGAUCACCGGUGGAAUCGUCAAGUACAUGGACGCCUUUGAGGACCGUGACGAGGAACUACGAAACGUCAAGAAACAGAAUGACAAUCUGGGGGUCACGCUCCAUGCGAUGAAGACGGUGUUGGCUGGGCUACAAGGCCACAGUCCUGCAGUCGCCGCUGCAGUAGAUCAGAACAUACGAAGCUGCGAGGAGGAUCUCCGUGCCCUCGAAGCUCUAUGCGUUGAGCUUUCUGAUCACGCUGGCAGCACCUGGAGUAAACGGCUGGAGAACAAGAAGAAGAAAGUGACUUUUGCGUUCCAUCGACCCAAGCUUCGAGAUCUCGAGCUUCAGCUGCAAAAGGCUCACAGUACUCUGCAGUUGAUACAGGGUAGCUUGGGACUGGAAGCCUCGAACAGGAACACAGCUCUGCUGGCGGCUAUCGAGUCGAGUUCUCGCGGCCAAGCUUCCGAAAUGCUCCUAGUCCGGUCAGAAGUAGCAGCAUUCGCUACGCCGAUGGCCGAUGUCAAUAAUAAACUGCAAGGUCUACAAAGUGUUAUGACACAAACUGGACAACUUGUCAUGGCUCAUUCCGGGGCGAUCGAAAGCGAGAUUCAUGAGAGCAGCCAGCGUGUCAGAUAUGACAUUCAUCAUUCACACAACUCGAUUUUAGACCACCUCAAGACAAUCGACCACAAAGUACAGCUCCUGGGAGAAGAGAAUAGUUCUUUACGGGCAUUGGCUCGCAAAGCGGCCUCCAAGCCGGCCGUACUCAAAAGGCUCUCACCCUUACACGAAUUGACGUAUCAAUUUGGUAACUGGGUUGGGGAAGCUGUCGAGGCUCUAUCAAGGGCCAACUGUGAAAGCCAGCCGGCCAUCUCGCACCGGAGUCUCCAUGACAUUUCCUAUUUGCCGGUGUGGUCAGACUUUAGCAUUUUGUGUGUCGACAAGUUCCCUAAGGUUACGAUAGCAUUUGAGUGCGGCCCUCUAAGCACAGCAAUCAUCAACAAUGAUUCAGAUGAAGUAGAUCGUGUUCUGAGGCGUUUUCCCGACUCCAUAACUGAACUUGAUAUCUACGAGCGAAGUCCACUCCAUCUCGCAGCAGCAAAGCCAGAAAUCCUCGCGAGGCUCGUAAAAAGUGCGGAUCUCAGCAUUCUGAAUCAGCGAGAUAGGAAAGGUGCCAGUGCGCUCGAAUUAGCUAUGGCAUUUAGCUCACGGCACUGCGUCAAUGGUGUACAACGCGUAAGGUGCAAAAAGUGUUCCUGCUAUCUCUGCGCAAAGAUUCUCCUAGACGCUGGUUGCGAUCUAGUGUCAAUGUCUGUAAUGCCGGGUACCCCUCAUUAUCUGCUACAUCUGAAUGAUGUCCUGGAGGCCUCAUCAGAGCUCGCUCGGCGUCAUUACAUCUUCCAAACGAGCAAACGCCGAAGGCUGCAGAGAACAGGACACGUUUUGACAAAUAGAAGUCUAUCCACAAAGCAAGAAGUCGGCGAAGAGAGGACGACAAGCGACAUUCAAAGAGGCAUCUCACAGGCCCCAAGACAGCGGCGAAUCUACAAUGAGGCUGAAGAAGCCAUAGAAUCUAUGUCAGACUGGAUAUUUCAGCAAAUCUGGUCUGUCCACCUGGCCCAGUUGUUCUAUAGGCAUGGAUUCAUGCCAAAGCCAUCUGUGUUUCUCCAGCUUCUCCAGUCGAGAACACCCUCACUUUGGGAUCGCCUUACUCCGGAGAUUGUUUGCUGGCUUCUGGAGCAUGGAGGAGAUCUCUUCUUGCGAUCGCCUGCAGGCCCUGUCAACAAGACCGCCGAUGACGGAGUGUUCGCCGCGCACUACGUCUUUUACCAAUUAGGCAGAAACCAUUUUCUGUGGUUGCCAAGCUAUCUAGCGGCGGCUCCAGUGUCGGCCAUCUUCGAAAGAAUCACUGUGACCUGCCUUAAUCUUACGGACGGCUGCUGCUGUCCCUGUUCGACAAAAGGAUGCAGCUCAUUUACGUGGUUGAUGAAGGGCUUCGCUACACAUAAAAAUGGAUCAGCAACGCCAGAGCAAGCAUGUUUAGAUCACGCUCGCAGGAUAGCUGAUCACUUCAAGUCAUGCGGUCCCGAGUUGACACUCGCAACUUAUGAAGAGGCCAUUAGGUUCAUGACAUUUGAAGCACUGGACCUCUUUCACAGCUGUUGCAACACACGUUCUGUGGUCGAUGAGGGUGCGGCUUGGGUUGACAUAGAUGAUACGGAGGUCAUCGAAGAGCAGGGUCUCCUCCUUGAGUUGCAUGAAGAAUUGGUUGUAGAAUUCACUCGUGAAGCUAGGGGAUAUCUGGGAGAUGGGCCAAAUGGUGGGAUAUUGUCCACUCAGUUUUGGAGGUCAUACUGGACCGAUCGAAUGACCGAAGAGUUAAAAAAGCUGAAUGGGGGAGACUUGACUGCUACAGAAAGACGGGAUGCAGAGGAGAUCGGCGUUAUAUGGGACGAAUCAACCGAGGGCGACGAGGGCGACAAAUGCAAAGGUGGGAAUCCGUACGACCGUGGUGAUGUGGAGCACUACUGGUUUGAGUUGGAUCUCAUCUGCCCCGAGUACAAUGAGCCAUGGCCAGAGGGAUUGCGCUGCAUUCAUUGA